AGGGAGGAGAGUGAAAACUUGAAAAUAGAAGGAAAUGGCGACAGCAGACUGGAACCCUUUGGGAGACGUAUACUACAAAAAAUGUGAAGUGUAUUCUAUGGAAUGGAGUGAAAUAGUUGAUUUAAACAAAUUUGAAGUGUCGUCUGCUCCUUAUGGUGGACCUAUAGCAUUGCUGAAGGAUGAAGCUAAAACAGCUCAAGUACAGGUGGUCACCAAACCUAUUGUCUCGGUAUUCACUGCAGCUGGGAGACAGAUCAGUCAAAUGAGGUGGAACAGUGGUAAAAUCCACAAGAUGGGCUGGUCUCACACAGAAGAGCUAUUGUUUGUGCAGGAUGAUGGAGUGGUGUUGGUGUAUGACAUGUUCCUCAAUUUCAAAAAGACAUUUGGUUUGGGCCAGGAAGCAAAGGAUGUGAAGGUGAUAGACUGUAAAAUAUUCAGCAGUUUCCAAGGGACUGGUAUAGCAGUACUGACCAGUACCUUUAGAGUAUACAUUGUCAACAGUGUGGACGAACCUAGGAUCAGGAGACUGGCUGAGGUCCCAGGCCUUUCUUCAGCCCCCAGUAGCUGGACAAUAAUUAAUUUAGAUCGACAGUCCAGAGCACUGAUUGCCAAAGAGAGUGAGCUUUGUCUGAUUGACCAUGGAGGACAGUAUCAAGUUCAGACCCCUGAAAUCUCUACAGAAGUAUCAAAGUUCCUGGAUAUGUCACUAUCAUUCAACAACCGCUUCCUUGCCAUGUUUACAGACAAAGGGGUGAUAUGGAUAGGCUCCUCAGAUCUUCAGAAAAAAUACUGUGAAUUCAACACGAAAUCUCCAACUCCACCUCAGCAACUCUCCUGGUGUGGUUCGGGAGCUGUUGUUGGCCUGUGGAAUAGAACUAUGUUAGUUGUAGGGCCUGAUAAAGACUGGAUCAACUUCAAUUUUGAGUCCCCAGUCCAUGUGGUUGAAGAGGAGGAUGGAUUACGAAUUAUUGGAAAUUAUGAGCAUGAGUUUCUCCACAAAGUCUCAGAUGUCACAGAGAAGAUUUUCAAAAUAGGUUCAAUGGAACCAGGUGCUAUGUUGUUUGAGGCCUCUAAAGAAUUUUAUAAAGGAAGCCAGAAAGCAGAUGAAUACAUUAGAAUUAUUAAAGACAAACUGGAGGUAGCAGUAAGUCAGUGUAUAGAAGCAGCAGGACAUGAAAUAGAUUCAGAAAAACAGGAAUCUCUCCUUAAGGCUGCUGCCUUUGGAAAGUGUUUUUUGACAGACUACAGUCCAGAGGCCUAUGUCAACAUGUGUCAAAUGCUGCGAGUCUUGAAUCAAGUUAGAAACCAUGUUAUUGCCAUUCCUCUUACUUAUUCACAAUUACAGCAUUUGACCAUGCCAAUUUUGAUAGACCGACUAGUGCUCAGGAAAUUGUUUUAUUACGCAGUUAAAAUCUGUCAGUAUCUGAAAAUACCAGAUGCAGAGGGUGCCAGUAGAAUAUUGGCUCACUGGGCUUGCUACAAGGUGCAGCAGAAGACAGAAGAUGAUGAGACCAUAGCUAGAGCUAUUAACCAAAAACUUGGAGAUACCCCAGGGGUCUCAUAUUCCGAUAUUGCAAGCCAUGCCCUAGAGGUUGGGCGCACAGACCUUGCUAUUAGGCUGUUGGACUUUGAGCCUAGAGCAGCCCAACAAGUGCCAUUGUUGAUGAAAAUGCAAAAGGACAGCAUUGCUCUAUUAAAAGCCAUUGAAAGUGGAGACACAGAUCUAGUUUACACUGUGUUACUGAGGUUAAAAGAAUCAAUGAAUCAGGGAGAAUUCUUCAUGUCAAUAAGGAGCAUGCCAGUAGCCUAUGCACUGUUUAUUCAGUACUGUAGACAACAGAACAGGAGGCUUAUGGAAGAUCUCUUCUACCAGGAAGAUAACUUCCAGGAGGAAGGGACUUGUAAGGUCAUCAAUAGCUUUAGACAAGAUAAAUUGGAUGAUAGAAUUGAGGAACUGAGGCUUGCACAAUCUUGCUUUUCAAAGUCCAAAAAUGAAUAUGCCAGAGUGCAAAUUGAAGACCAGAUAAAGUUACUGAAAUACCAACAGAGGUUGGAGGAGGAUAUGAACAGACCAUUUUUAAAUCUAUCUCUUCAUCAAACAAUUUACUGCCUGACCAAGGAGAACAACCAUAAAGUAGCAGAACAGCUCAGAAAAGAAUUCAAAGUUCCAGAUAGAAGGUUUUGGUGGCUAAAAAUUAAUGCCUUGGGAGAAAGUGGAGACUGGAUUGAGCUUGAGAAAUUUUCUAGAGGCAAGAAAGCACCUGUGGGUAUGGAGGCUUUUGUAGAUGUUUGUUCAAAGUAUGGAAAUAUGAAGGAAGCUCUGAAGUAUUUGGUCAAAGUAUCUCCGGAUCAGAAAGUAAAAUGUUUAGUUAAAGUGGGGGAAAAGAAAAAAGCAGCAGAGACAGCAUUUGAAAAUCACAGUGAGGAGGAAUUAAGUUUUGUUUUAUCCAAGUGUGGACCAAGUGAUAAACAGUUAGUUGAUACAAUCCGAAGCAUGAAACAGCAGCUAGGUAAAAGAUGAUGAGAUGUUAAAAUUCUGACAAGACUGAAAUAUUUGAUUAUUGCACAAUUUUAUGUACAGUAACUGGAAAAUGUUUUGGUUUCAUAUAGGUCUCCAAAUUCACAUAUUUUAAAGGGAAAAAAACUAUAUUUAUUGUAUCCACAACAAAAUAUACGUAAAAUGAGGUUUAAAAAAAAAUAAAUUAAAUGUCAAUUAAAUUGAUUGAUAAAGGCUCACCUAGGCCGUAGGCUUUUCCUUAUCAAAAUUUAGAUGGCAUGUGUUAGUUAUUUAAUUGUCAGUCGUAGGUAUGUGUAGCUCCUCAUAAUUUUGCACAUGUGCUAGAAUGUUCUAUGAAUUUUAAUAUGAUUUUGAGUAUGAUAUAGAUAAAAAAUAAAAAUUUUUAGUCAA